UAAAUACGCAGUCACACCCUUCAUCAAUUUACAAAAUAAAUGUUUAAAUUUUCCUUAAUUUUUAUAUAAAAGAGACAUAGCAAAAUGCGUGAACGGGACAGACACGAUAGGGAAAGAGAACGUGAUAGGGAGAGAGAUCGGGAACGCGACAAGGAACGCGAGCGUCGCUACCACUCCAAGUCGCCCAGCAGGAGCAGCCGGCAAAGCUCCAAGCCCAAAAAGAAGAAGUCAAAGAAAUCUAAAAAGUACUACAGACGUAGUCGUAGCAGCAGCCGCAGCACGUCGCGCAGCUCAUCGCCACGCAGUCCAAGCAGCUCCCGCAGCCGGCACAGCAAGAGUCGCAGUCGGGACUAUAACAAAUCUCGCUCUGCCUCCCAACGCACAACCAGAGCACCAAGCUCGGAGAGCAAUUCUCGAUCAACGCCUGUCAGUAGCAACGUAAAGGGUAUCGAUCUGCUCGACUCCAAAGUGCAAAAGGCCUUGGAAAAGAUAGACGAGGACACUUUCAAGCCGUCUGUUUUCUUCAGCACCAAAGAUCGUGAGGCCCCAGAGAAGGUUAUCAUAGAUCUGAAAAACGAAACGGUGACUGUGCCGAAACCAGUCCCAGUCCCGGUCCAAACCGAAGAUGUAAUAUUCCAUCCCAGCUUCCUUGGCAAUCCGGAUCUUAAGACAGAGAAAUGGAUUCGCAAACUUUACGUAUAUCGCCAAAAGUACAUCCAGGAAGUAGAAUAGUAGAGUUUACAAUCUGUAUUUAAGAAACAUAAAACUUAUGCUUAGAAUAUAUCGCUGCCUGUUCGUCGCGCACGUAGCAAUGCCUCCGA